AUGCGCUACUUCUUCGUCCGCCCCACGGCCCGCGGCGCCCAGACCUUCGACUGCCGCUCCACCCUCAUCAUCAUCGUCGUCACCUUCAUCGGCUCCGCUCUUCUCUUCAUCCCCAACUGGCUGGUGACGGGGAUCAAGCCUUGCUACCACAACCGGACAGGAAACGUCCACUGGCACCUCAAAACCCCCACUUUUGGUCAGGAGGACGGCGACUUCCUGCACACCCUCACCUUCUUCGUUUACCCGAUCGCCGGAAAGAUCAUCCCCAUCACUCUCAUCUCGAUUUUCGGCGGGCUUCUGCUUCACACGCUCAGAGACGCCGACCAACGCUCCAGGCGUCUGCGAGGAGGAUCAGGCCACGGAGCCAACAACAAUGGAGGAAACAACCAGACCAGGAGGACCACCAUCAUGCUCUUAGCUAUCAUCGCCUUAUACAUCAUCUCCGAACUGCCGCAGUCCAUCCUGCUCCUUCUCUGCAUCUUCGUGAAGGAGUUCUUCCUCACCGUCUACACCAAGCUGGGGGACUUCGUGGACUUACUCUCCCUCAUCAACAGUGCGAUUAACUUCAUCACGUACAUCGCUAUGAGCACGCAGUUCAGGAACACGCUCAUCCAGAUGAGUUGUGCGUGUUUGCACACCUCCACGUGCCACAAGUGCGGCAAGACCACUGCACUACAGAGCACCAAGUAUUCCAAAGCCCCGCCCACUUCUGUCUGACGUCACUUCAAGUUCUUCGUUGGAAGAUUUGAUUUGUUGGAAAAGUGCCCACCUGACUGUCGUGUCGAGCUUGGGAUGGAGAGAGAAAAAGCUGUGUCCAGCAGAUGGUGUUGGAGUGGAGUGGAGUGUGUGGUGGUUUGGGUUGGGGGGUAGCCCUGCUGCGUGUGGAGUGUGAUAUGAAGUAUAUACGUGGAUCUUAGGCUACGUUUCCUGUUUCAAAGCCACCCUGAGACAUUGUAGACGAAAGUAUCAGUGUGAAAUACUGUGCGCCUAUGGUCUCUGAUUCUGUUGUUUUGUAAAUUAUGAGCCAAGCAAUAACAGUGACCAACACCGUCUGAAAAAGGUAAAAGUACAGAACGUUGCACGCGAGGUAUGCGACAUGGUACCUGGAGGCUGAUGGACUGUUUAGCAAAGUUGUCACGAAACUGUUGCACAAAGAGUUCUGUUCACUAGUAGUUAUGUUUAGAACUACAUACAAAUCACACAAACAGUUCUGUUCACUACUACAUUGAAAGUCACACAAGCAGUUCUGUUUACUACUACAUACAGAGUCAUACAAAUAGUUCUGUUCACUACUACGUUCACUCCUACAUAUAGAGUCACGCAAACAGUUCUGUUCACUACUACGUUCACUCCUACACACAAGAGUCACGCAAACAGUUCUGUUCACUACUACAUUCACUCCUACACACAGAGUCAUACAAACAGUUUUGUUCACUACUACGUUCACUCCUACAUACAGAGUCAUACAAACAGUUCUGUUCACUACUACGUUCACUACUACAUACAGAGUCAUACAAAUAGUUCUGUUCACUACUACGUUCACUCCUACAUACAGAGUCACGCAAACAGUUCUGUUCACUACUACGUUCACUCCUACAUACAGAGUCAUACAAACAGUUCUGUUCACUACUACGUUCACUACUACAUACAGAGUCACGCAAACAGUUUCGAUCACAACUAGUUCUGCUCACUACUACAUACACAGUCACAUAAACAGCCCUCGCCGUGCAGAGAACAAGUCUAAGGGCAGCGUGUGUUGAUUGAGGAGCACCAUAGCAGAAGAUUCCCACACGGGGUUGGAGUGUGGUGAAAAGACUGGAGAACGUUCGACAUGGUCAUCAGACACUGGGUUUCCCCGCACCGACAAUGUACACCACGAACGACACCGAUGGGUUCCGGCGUAAAAUAUGAAGGUUGAGCGCAAGUUGGGACUCGUAGUCGUAGGAGAACGAAAUGUAAACCUUCGUCGACAUGUCGUCAUGUUGUUGAGAAAGACAAUUCAUUUCAAUGGAAUACAUUUUCUAAUAGUUUCAUCCUCUAAAAAAAAAAGUUUAAUUGUGUAUUUAGUUUGGGAAAAUUCAAUUUUAAAAAGUAUGGAGGUUACGAAAGAAUGUAAGUGGCUAGUGCAGUUUUGAUUUGGGGCCAGAAGAAUCCGUUACUUAUUUAAUUAAAGCCUAAAAGGUAAGAGAACCGAGACACUCAAGACUUGGUCCUUGAGAGUGCUAGUUCUAUUGUCUUCAGUUCUCAGUGUUGAGGUAGAAUGUUUAGCAGAAUCCUGAAAAACGUUUCUUUUCUCUUUUUUUUUCCUUUUUGGAACAGAUGCUUUAAUAUGAAAUUGUACUCACAAUCAUAUUAAUUUCUUUAGUGGAUGUUCUUUAGAGUAUGUUGAUUUAUUUUUUCUUCCUGUACUGGGUUGUGCCUGUGGGGUCGGAGCUAGGUUGUGGAACUUAUCAUAAAUUUGACAGGGGAAAAUAAUGUUCGUCAUUGUUGGAUUGUUCCUGAUCUACCAGCACACCCUUGGGAAUCCAAAAUGCAAAAGAAACGAUUGGUUGGGGUGAAAAAAAAAGAAAAGUUAGAGGGGGUGGGUGGGAGAUCGCAAUAAAUAAGAGGUCGUAAUGAAUUCACGGUUGCUAGGAAUUGAUUGGAAGAACUGCAUUGUAAUGAAGGAAUCAGCGGUUGUGGAACAAGAACUGUCGUGGAAUAGAACGACGGAAGGAGCAGGAUGAGAUUUUACUUACGCCUGGUUAGUCCUGUAGAACCGGCUCCUAGCCGUUAUCGUGAGUGGUGAUCACAUGACACGUGUCACCGACCUCCAGGGUUCUGAUAUCUGCCCACGGGCUGGGAAAGACUUGGCGGUGACCUUUUUAGUGACCAGUGCUACAGCGAUGACAACGACGACGACGACGAAGAAGAAGAAGAAGAAGAAGAAGAAG